AUGACGGAGCGUUGGCGUGACAUUCUUCAUCAGCUUAGCUCUGAACUCGAGAGACAGUCCGCAAAAUUGCGUGAUCUCGAAAUCGAGAACGAGCGGCUACGCGAAGGUGAAGUUCCAUCGAUAGCAUCUCCAACAACUUCACCUAUUUCUCCAAGACCUGAUGCUUUGAACGUGCUUGAGGAGAGCCAGAACAAGGGCAAUCGGAGUGAGUCGUCAUACAGUGCAGCAUGCCAGUUGUCAGAGGUGAAGCCGUGGACUGGGAACGAUGACCGAGACGAGCAAGAGGGCCCAACCCGGACAAACACGGACGGCAAAGAGAACAGCAAGGACACCGGUGGGGAGCUUGAGUCGACCGAGCCGGUACGAGUUUGGGGCUCAAUGCAGACCUUCGCGGCGAAAGAUCCUGAUGCUAUCUUGAAGGCCAAGUUCGCACAAAUGCGCACGACCCCAACCGCCAACUACGAGAGGAAGCCUUGGUAUGUGGUGAAUCCACAGAGGAGUAACAAGUUUGCGGCAUGGCAAGUGGUGACCAUGGGCGCCUUAGCCUUCGUUGUAAUUGUGGUCCCCUACCAGGUUGGCCUCUUGGAACUAGUCCAGUGGGAUCUCCUCCUUACUCUUAGUACGCUCGUGGACUUUAUCUUUCUGAUCGACGUGUUCCUCCAGUUCGUUACGAUGUACCCUCGCACAACUCCGCGAGGAAUCGUGUGGGAGCAGAGGGUUAGCAAGAUAGCUUGGCACUACAUGACAUCGUGGUUUGCUCUGGACUUCAUCACCUUGAUCCCCUUUGACAUCUUUGAGCUUACCUUCCAGGCAGAUGAUGUCGGCCUAGGCAAGGCUAGCAAAGCAAUUCGAGCUCUCCGACUCUUGAAGCUCAUGCGAAUUCUCAAAACCUCACGAUGGCUUCACAAGAUUGAGAUAGCUAUUUCGAUCCCCUACCAGCAGUUUGCAUUGUUCCGCUUCUUGCUCAUCUUGUGCAUGGUUUGCCAUUGGCUGGCGUGCAUAUGGGCUAUGACGUUGCAGUUGGGCGAAACAGACAAGCCACAGUGGAUCAACGACAUCGAAGCCAUCGACCGCUUCUUCGGGAUCGAAACCCGCAAAGAUCCUAUGCGCACCUACAUCAGCUCCCUCUACUUCUGCACCUACACGAUGACUUCCGUCGGUUACGGUGACAUUGGACCGAAGAACAUCAUUGAACGUUGCGUGUGCACGCUCAUUGUCCUUACGGCGGGAUUGUGCUGGGCCUAUGUGCUGGGAGAAGUUUGUGCGAUCGUCAGUGACAUGAAUGCUGAGAGCCAGGGCUUCCGCAAGAAGAUGACAGAGCUCAACAGAAUGAUGAAAGAACAAGGUUUGCCAUAUGAUCUGCGCUGCCGAAUGAGGAGCUUCUUCCUGCAGAACCGCCACCAGGCUCUCUACAUCACCCGCCAGAAGUUGAGGGAGUCAAUGAGCCCGCAGUUGCAGUCGGAGAUUAGCACGGCAGCAAACCUUCCGUGGAUCUCGAAGGUGCCAUUCCUGGAGAAGUUCAUGGAUUUCAUAGAUUCAGAGACGGCACAAGGAAAGGAAACCGAUGUCUACAGGGCGUGCAUCGCCGACGUGUCGCGGGAGUUGUCCUGCGGAGCUUUCGCACAGGGAGAGAAGUUCGACAACAUGCAGGUGCUCUACAUCGUCUCCAAAGGCAUCGUUGCACUUAACAACAGGGUUGGCACCAACGGGGCCGUGUGGGGUGAAGACUUCGUCCUGUCCGACAUGAGCCUCAUCCGCAACGUGAGGGGUUGUGCCUUGACCUACCUUGAAGUGCUCUACCUGACCCGGGAGAAAUUCAUGAAAGUGGUGGAGAAGCGGACACGCACUUGCCCAGAGUUGGGAAUCAUCGUCAGGCAGUUCACCGUCCGCCUGGCAGUUCGCAGAGGCUUUGUUGCAGCAGCCAAGAUUAAGGAAGAAGAAUGGCAAGCGAAACAACUGGCCAUCACAAAGACUGUGUCGUUGAGGUCCAAGCUAUCCCAUUAUGCGCCUCUCCCACCAGAAAUUCCAGACACGAAGGCAAUCCGGCCAAACGGAAGUUUACCAGGCUCCCUCGAGGAUUGA